UCGACCCGUCAAGCUGAUCGAAGGAAGGUGCAGGAGACAGAACGAGGUCGCAGGUCGAAGAGAGACGAGGCUUCGAUUUGUGCACGCCUGGCUCUCGUUGUUUCCGCGCUUCGUGCUCCCGGCUGCUGUGCAGCCUCUGCGGCGCUGGAGAGGGAGCGAGCGAGCGAGCGAGCGAAGGAGGGACGGACGGACAUAGAUAGGUUGGGACAUACAUAAAUUCAUAAGAAAGGGAACGAGGAAAGAAGCGGGUUGGAGAGAUUAGUCUGGCUGGACGAGGGAGAGGGAGAAAUAGGAAGGCAGGAAGGCCGAGGCAUGAGUCCGGACUCGUGCAAUUCUUGAACGGGGACGAUUGCUUCCGCUCUGGGCCCCCCCACGAACUGCAAUACAACUUGCCUUUCUAAAUUAUCAUAUGCCAGCAUGCCGCGAUAUUAGUUCUGUUCCUUACUUCAGGAAGCGGGAGUUGAGGAAAUUGCCACUCCAUCAGGUGCGGUGGUUAAGACUCUGAAUGUUCAAUCUUUUUGGAUCUGAGUGGCGCGAAUUUGAAUGACAUACGUUUGGACAUAAAUUCGCGAGUCGAUGGACACAGAGCUGUUGGUUGCGGUAGAGGAAAAGCAACCCUAAUAAACUCAAUCGUUUACUAUUAUGCCUUAGAAAAUGGUUCCAGGUAUCGUCCGCUAGUUUUGUUCUAAAAGGGAAAACUCUGGUCGUCGGAAGUAAAGGUGUAGUCGGUUACAGAGGCUUGCCUACCUAGGAAAUGGAGGCAUCUGUAGCAGUCGGAGGACAUGGGGCUGGUUUGCCUCUGCAAAGUCAGGUCGGCCGGAAGGAAUGGAGGGUGGUCACUGAAAGCAACGGAAGGGAAAGAAUAAUCCCCGCAGAUGGUUCCGGAAAUCAGACGAGAGUGAACGCGGCAGGUCGCCCGCGAUCAAAUUCUGGAGCUUCCCGGAGGAGUAGUAGAAAUGGGCAAAUGUUUCAUGCAGCCAGCAGUGGGCACUCAAGUGACUCAGAUCAUCAUGGUGGCGAAGUAGGGGGUGCACACAUGAUGGGGGGCUCGGUACCUCCUCAGGAGUUAUUGCCCCAAAAUAUCGGCCAGGGGGAUGAGGCAGUCCUUUACGAGGAGAUGCAUCGUCCUCAGCAGCGGAACGAACAUCUGGAAACCCAGAUGAGCUCCAUGUCUAUGGAUCCAGGAAUGAAUACCCUGGAGAGUCCAGAUGAAUCAUUUCAACAACGCCUUCAUGAAGUUUCCCGCGAGAGAGAGCGGCUCCAACAGGCAGAAGUGGAAAUGAGGGCCCAAUAUAUUGCCAGAUCAGAAGUUGUGCGGAUGCAAAACGGGCUUGAUGAGCAGGCCAAGCAACAUGCCGAGAUUGUGAACAACCUACAGGGCCAAGUACAAGAAAUGGAGCAGCAAAUUCGUCAUCUGGAGCAGCAGUUGGAAGAGAGGGAGCGUGAGUUUCAUGUGAACCAAAUGGAGACUAACGAAGCAGUCUGGCAAAAGGAUGGUCUACUGAGAGAGCAAACAAACGAAUUGGCAACCCUGCGACGAGAACGUGACAGUGCGGUUUCGGAGCACAAGGCCGCAGCCUCGCAGUUUGAUGCCGAGAGAGCAGAACUAAUGACCCAGCUUGAGACCAUGAAAGAGCAAAUACGAGAGAAAGAUCGCCUGUUGCAAGAGGCUGAAGAGCAGAAUCGCAAUUCCCAAGAACUCAUCCUUUACAAAGAUGAGCAAAUGAGAGACGCACAAGCCUGGAUGUCGAGGGCUACAGAUAUGGACGCUUACUACGUAAACACCAACAAUAGCUUGCAUAAUGAGCUUCGGGAACGCACUGAACAGAUGAACAAUCUCUGGGUUGGCUAUCAGAGACAGCUGGCAGACGUUGAGAGAUACCAUGCACAAAUGAUCCAGAGGCUUCAGCAGGAGUUGACGGACGUUAGAGAACAGAAUCGUGUUUUGAUGGGUGCCGCAGCUCCUGAACGCUCAGAAAGCAAGGACCAAAGACCUUUUACAGAAAGUAAGGACGUCGGACGAGUUGAUGUGAACGAUGAAAAGGGAACUAAGAUCUCGUUAUCAAACAACAACACCGCCAAUCGAAUCAAGUCGAACAUUGCGGACAGCGGAACUGUCAUUGCGAACGGGACAAUGGAGGAGCUAAUGCCGGUGCUCUUUCCGCGUGAUGUGCCCCUUAAGGUUGAGCACCCGACGGGAAUUCCUGUUGUACCGGCAACACUUUUGGGAAUCACUCCUGUGCUUCCACCAUCUGGCCAAAUAGCAGCUAUCCACCAGUUCGGAAUGCAUCAGCAAGGGAUGCCCCCGGCGUUGCAAGCCACUCCGGUGCCACUACCUCAGGCGUCUUUGGCUCAGUUGCAACCAAUCACUGCUCUGUUGGCUCCUCAGCAACAUCUGCCUCCUUUGCAGCACCAGCAGGCAGUACAUUAUCAUCACCAUCCCCAACAGCAUCAGUCCCCAAUUCAUCGUCUCUCCCAGAGGCCACAGCAGCAGCCGCUACAGCAACUGCAGCCAGCCGCACCAUCUCAGUCUCCACAUUCACAACAGCCAUCUCCAUUGUCUAGCCAGGCUCAGCAACCGAGAGUUCAAGAGCACCAGCAUAAACAACAGGAGCAAGUGAAUCUUGAGCAAGCUGUAACUCAAGGGGAUGAACAGAGUGUGCCCUUAGCUCAGCCUUCUUCUCUGCCACCCCAACAGCACUCUCACAAUCAAACAGCACAGCAGCUAAACUCACAGUUGCUGCAUCAGUCGCAGUCAACCAUGACAAAUGCCAGUAACGGCUCUGAAAAGAUUGAGAGCUCACCUAAGUCUCAGCAAACACGACAAGACGAGCAAUUGGUUUUACCAGAUGACGGACAGCAAAAGCAGUCUGGGGAGGAGCUACAGAAACCUGAACUUGCUGCACAGCAUCGCCAACAAAACAAUCAGCAAGAUAGACAGAACCAUGACCAGCGUAGGCGAAUGGAUACUCGCUUACAACACUAUACCCAUCAACAAGGAAAACAUGUACAGUCUCAAAGUCACCGUAUAUUUCCGCAAGAGAAUAUGAUGACCCCGCAGCUUCAACACCAGCAAGGCAUCUCAAGCAGCAUGGAUCAUUUGGGAGGCGGAACACAUUCGUCUUCUGUAUCUCAAGAAGGUACUGAACACGGACAAAUCGAGGGGGUGGCAAAGAAAUCACUUUCUGAGAAGCAGGAGCAUAACAAUUCGGAACAUCAACUUGUGAAGCAGCAAAACCAUGUGGAGUCUAGCGUCAAGGUUGUAGAACCUGCGUUAUUGGAUGAGCGAUCACUGCUUGCGUGUCUGGUGAGGGCGGUUCCUGCGGAACCUAGUGCGAGAAUCCGGAUCAGCUCUACUCUUCCAAAUAGGCUUGGGAAGAUGCUUGCUCCGCUUCAUUGGCACGACUACAGAAAGCAGUUUGGAAGGCUUGACGAAUUUGUUGGGGCGCAUCCAGAGCUUUUUGUCAUUGAGGACGACCUGAUUCAUCUGCGAGAGGGUGCGCAUGCCACUUUUUCAGCAACAACUGCUGUAGCAAAGGCGGCGGCGGCAGCAGCAGCCGUUACUCCUCCCGGACCGCCGACUCGGAUGCCCAAUGUUGCUGUUACACCUGUAGCUCAAACUCAGCUGCCGCGAGCAAGAAGCCUGAAGGGCGUAAAUAAUCCGCAGAAGGAUAAGAAGGCCACCUCUGUUCCCUCACAAGAUGCUGUAUCUCAUUCGUCAUCAACUUCUCAGUCCACGAAUUCAAGGCAGAAUCAGGGUGCGGCCUCUAGCAGGACUGCAGUAGCCAAUGGUGGCAAUGUGGGUCAGCACCAUAUAGGUGGUACGGCGUCGACGAAUAAUGGUAACAAGGGUGAGUCGGGUGGUAGAUCCAGCGGAGCUCCCUCUAACCAUGGCAACGAUAACUCUGCAACCUACGAAAAUGGUGGUUAUAGUUCCGCUCGAACAAACGGUUAUUACGGCAGCAGACAGCAGGGAAGAGGCUCCUUCUCCAAUUCUGGUCAGUACAGGAAACAAGAAAACCAUGCUAGACCCCAUACUCAAGAGGGCCGCAUCAUGGGGUCUGCUCCCACCGUUUCACAAUAAGGUUUUGGCAGCUUCACAAGUAUCGGAGAAGCAUUCAUUUACAUAUAAGUGAGAUUAUACGUUUCUCAGAGUUGAAAAUUGCCAUUACGCAAGCCGGACUCUCCCUUACACCAGCAUGCUACCAGUUUCUUCCCUAGACUUGGUGCCUUGCUUUGGAACGGCGGAGACGUCCGCACUUUUGUGGUCCUCCAUCUACCGUGGAGUCAUUAGUGCUUGCCAUGGGAGGCAAGGAGGCAGUUUUUUUUUGUUGUGCGCUUGGUCCUUAAUUGCAUAAAUUCCUUGCAGGAAAGGCGAAGAGCUCGCUUUUAAAAAAUGAUAUUCUCGUUAAGUACAGUUCACGGUGAAGCGAAGGCCACAGCCAAGGAAUAGGACUAGUUAGUGUGAGUUCAAACGGAUUCCACUAGGAAAGCCUAUGAGUGCAGCAUGCAAAUAUAUCUUCGCUAUACGCUUCCGUGAGUGCGGAUGACUUCCUAGCUGGAAUCUUGUAAUGUAGCUAAGGGGGCCCGAUUCCCAGCAGGCAACCUUCGGGAUUGCUGAAAAUAUAUCAUUAGUGUUGACAAGAAAUCGAUUGCAUUGUUUGCCCGAAUGAGCUGAGGGGUUUUUUUCCGUCUCAUUUCAAGUGAACAAAAGGCCUGAACUCAUGGACUACUUGGAGCGUGCUUAUUAUUUGCUUCUCCCGUGUAUGGUGUGGGUACGAAUUGGCCCUGAAGGGAGUAUACGUGAAAAGAUGGGAAGUACACCUUGAAGAGUAAGUAAUUGAACCAAUGCAAUCCACUGUAAAGGCACACACCCGGCACAUAUUGUUAUUUUACACGCUUCGAGCACCAAGCAUCGGUUUUACGUUUCUUCAAGAUGUUUUAUCAGCAAAUCUUAGGAGGUUGAAAUUUGGCAGAUGACGUAGAGCCUGAACCAAUUUGCUGAGAUGAGUGUGCUGCGCCGAUGCAAUACAAUCCUUGACGCCGGGCCGACUGUGGCCCGGAUGCUUCUAGAAAGUUAUUAUGCCGCCAUCUUCGUUGACAUCUAUAACCGAAGGAUGACUGCUUUGUAGUGUUGGUACAUGUGUCAACAUAGCUCUCUUUGGCUGCAAUUCUUGCUCUGUAAUCGAAACAAAGCAAAGACUAGUUACAAUUAAUAUUUGAAUCGAGGUGAUUACGCUUUACCAGAAUUUGAUACAUCCACGUCUUAUGGUCGUUUCUGUUUAUGGUAUCAAUUUAUUUAGAUUAAAUUUGGUAUACCUUCCUUCUAAGA